UUUGAAACCACUCAGUGGCUCAGCAAAAGAUUGUUCUUGACCUCUCGAGAGGAGGAGGAGAUGCCAACCUUGAAUUUGUACACCAAUGUGCCAGUAGAUGCAGUGAUAGCCUCUGAUAUUCUCAAGGAUGCCACCAAAGCUGUUGCUAAAAUCAUUGGAAAACCUGAAUCUUAUGUCAUGGUUUUGCUAAAUGGGGGAGUGCCUAUCGCAUUUGGGGGCACCGAGGCACCAGCUGCAUAUGGAGAAUUGAUUUCUAUUGGGGGCCUUGGACCGAGUGUUAAUGGAAAACUGAGUUCGACCAUUGCAGAUAUACUUCAAACGAAGCUUUCGAUUGAUAGUUCCCGCUUUUAUAUCAAAUUUUAUGAUGUUCAGCGUCCAUUCUUUGGGUUUAAUGGCUCAACUUUCUGACCGGCUACAGAUCCCGAAUGCUCCUCUACUGGAACCAUCGCAAGAUGAAGUGAUGCAGGUGAAUGGAUUAUCAUUCAUCCCUAAAGUGGCACUUCACUUGUACCCCUUUUAAAAAGAAAAAACAUGAUUAGACCAAUUUUACUGUUAUUUCUGGAUUGUAACAGAGUGUUGUAUAUUAUGUGAAGUAUUGUCGUUGUUUCUAUUUCGAUAUUGACUUCUGUUUUAACCUUCUGCGA